GUGACAAACCUGCUUCUGUCCUCACAUCAGAGCAAUCGUUACUCAGCAAAAGCCACAUGACCGUAACUAAACCUUACAUUUACUCAGCAGCAAACCAGAAUCUUUUCUGAGCUGGAGAGGAGGUUACAAACUUCAGCACUCUUGACAUGGAUUCUUAGUUGCCCUAGAGAUGUGACAUAGCCAUUCGUGUUGUCCUAUAAGGUCCACAGUCACUUUAGCGUUGAAUUCCACUGUCUACAUUUGUGUAUUUGGUCCUCAAGAGCAACAAAAUGCAUCUCUCUACAGAACUUCCCAUGGAGCUGAGACUCAGUGAGGAGGGGACAGUCAAUUCUGCUUUUGGCGGUAAUGAGAGUGAUGAAGAGCCACAGUUGGUAGUUGACACUGGGAAUCCAAACACGGAGGCUAAGGAAGAAACUGCAGAAAGAGAUCUACUUUACUCCCUGAAUGACAGGCCUCCUUGGUACCUCUGCAUUUUGCUUAGUUUCCAGCAUUACAUCCUGGCAUUCGGAGGCAUCAUUGCAAUCCCCCUAAUUUUGGCUGAGCCCCUUUGCAUAAAGGACAACAACGUCGCCCAAAGUCAGCUCAUCUCCACCAUAUUCUUCGUAUCAGGAAUAUGCACCCUCCUUCAAACGGUUUUUGGUGUCAGGUUGCCAAUCCUUCAAGGUGGAACCUUCAGUUUCCUCACUCCUACCCUAGCCAUUCUUUCCCUCCCCAAGUGGCAGUGCCCAACUCCAAAUGCACCUGUAAUGGUGUCCAUAGAAUGGAAGAAUGACACCACGCCACUGCAAAUGGAAAAUCCUGAUGAGAUUUGGAUGUCACGAAUGAGAGAGAUCCAGGGAGCAAUCAUGGUUUCCUGUCUGGUCCAGGUUGUCCUGGGAUUUUCUGGACUGGUGGGACUCAUUCUGAAAUAUACUGGUCCAUUAGCCAUUGCUCCCACCAUCAACCUCAUUGGCCUGUCACUGUUUAUUGAAGCUGGCAAGAAGUGUGGAAGCCACUGGGGAAUAGCUGCACUCACAGUCUGUCUGAUCCUGCUGUUCUCUCAGUACCUCAGCAAAGUCAACGUUCCAAUGAUCGCUUACAAGGACAAGAAGUGGACAGUUUUCCAGUAUCCACUGUUCAAGCUUUUCUCAGCUUUGUUUGGAAUGUGUGGUGGCUGGUUGGUGUGUUUCUUACUGACCACCUUUGAGAUGCUGCCUUCAAAGUCGGAUGUGUAUGGAUUCUCAGCCAGGACUGAUCUCAGACUGGAUGCUGUGAAAAACUCUCCAUGGAUCCACAUACCUUACCCAGGUCAGUGGGGUAUGCCUACUCUGAGUGUGUCGUCAGUACUGGGUAUGAUGGCAGGUGUUUUGGCAUCUACCAUGGAAUCCAUUGGUGACUACUACGCUUGUGCACGUUUGUCUGGUGCUCCUCCUCCACCAACCCAUUCCAUCAAUCGUGGUAUUGCCAUAGAAGGCAUCGGCGGGGUUCUGGCAGCCCUUUGGGGAAGUGGAAACGCAACAACCUCUUUCAGCCAAAACAUUGCUGCACUUGGCAUUACCAAGGUUGGCAGCAGAUUGGUGCUACAAACAACUGGUGUUCUCAUGAUUGUCCUCGGGAUCUUUGGCAAAUUUGGAGCAGUUUUCAUCACCAUUCCAGAGCCAGUAAUUGGAGGCAUGUUCCUUGUAAUGUUCGGAAUGAUUGCAGCCGUCGGAAUAUCGAACCUCCAGUACGUGGACCUAAACUCUUCACGUAACCUCCUCAUUCUUGGUUUCUCUACAUUCAGUGGCCUCGUCUUACCAGCCUGGUUUCAUUCAAACCCUGGCAUCAUUGAUACAGGAAUAAUAGAGCUGGACCAAGUGAUUGUCAUACUCUUCACCACACACAUGUUCAUCGGAGGAUUUUUUGGGUUUAUCCUGGACAACACCAUUCCAGGCACCGACAAAGAAAGGGGCCUCACAAACUGGAACAAUUUUCAAGAUAACCAAAAUGAAAACAAACACGUGUGUGAUCUGUCCUGCUACGAUAUCCCGUCGUGGUGGGUUUUGAAACGGUUCAGGUGCUCCCAGUAUGUGCCAUUCUUACCUUCUUUCAAGACCAAACAGGGGGGAGAUACAAGUAUCUCAUUUUUGCUCUGCAACCCAUUGUGUAAACAAAUAGGAAACAAAUAUGUUGCUGCAGAUGUGAAAAGGAACAACUAUUCAAUGCAAAAAUUCCAAGUCGAAAUUGAGGCACACACCAUACCUACUUCAUAGACUAACACACACACACACACGAGUGAUUUGACGCAAUAAGCAACAACAGAUCAUGUAAAAGGUAAACAGCUUCCUUUUCUACAGUUUUUGUAGUUGAUAAAUUGAUAUUUGAGCUAAACUGUGAUGUGAAAAUGUAUUGUACUCCAAACACAAUUGAGGUAUUUCUCCUGUAAAUGGUUCACACACUUACCCUGCACAUGUAAAGCUGCUGUGUGUUAACUUCAGUU